AUGAGCGAAAUGUUGGCUGGUAUAAAGGGCGUUGUGGUGUAUAUCGACGACAUAGUCGUAAGCGGAAAAACUCUGGAGGAGCACGAUCGACGGUUAAAUCAGGUGCUGCAUGUUCUCAAAGAGAACAAUGCAAUGCUGAACCACAGCAAAUGCUUAUUCGGUGUUGAGGAGCUCGAAAUUUUAGGAUUCAAAAUAAACAGUACUGGCAUUAGUCCCGCUGAAGAUAAAAUUAAACCCAUUCAGAAUUUCAGGGCGCCUGAAACUAAGGACGAAGCAAGAAGCUUUUUGGGCUUGAUAAACUUUGUGGGCCAAUUCAUACCGCAUCUUUCAACUAGAACUGAAGCCAUAAGGAAAUUUAUUAGAGGAGAUGUAGAAAUAUUUGGACUCGAGCAACGUCAAGCAUUCAAUGAUUUGCGCAAUGAGCUAACCAAAACUGUUCAUCGAUUGGGCUAUUUCGACCCAAAGGAUACCACUGAGUUAUAUGUAGAUGCAUCCCCAGUGGGUCUUGGAGCGGUACUAGUCCAGAAAAAUGAACAGAAAGAGUCUCGCAUAAUAAGCUAUGCAUCCAAGGGUCUUACGAAAACGGAGAGGGUAUACCCUCAAACUCAAAGGGAAGCCCUUUCGGUAGUUUGGGCUGUUGAAAAAUUUUAUGCUUAUUUAUUUGGAAUGCACUUUACCAUCUUUACGGACCAUAAAACCCUUGAAUACAUCUAUGGCGGAAAACAUCGCGAAGGAAAACGUGCGUGUUCAAGGGCUGAAGCUUGGGCACUGAGGUUACAACCAUACGAUUUUUCUAUUAAAUACAUACCAGGUGCAGAUAAUAUUUCGGACUGUUUCUCAAGAUUAUGCCCUCAAUCGGAAAACUCUUUCGAUGAGAGUUCUGAACAUUAUGUUUGCGGAAUAGGAGAAGGGCCAUCUGCCAUUACUCUUGAAGACAUAAAAAAGGAAACUGAAAAUGAUCAAUUAAUGAAAAUUGUCAUGAAAGCUGUGGAGUCCGGUUCUUGGCCACCAGAGCUUUAUCAAUACGAAGCAUUCAGUAAGGAAUUAGGGAUAGCUAAUGGUAUUUUGGUGAGAGAAAACAGAAUAGUGCUGCCCACAAGUUUGCGACAGAAGGCUCUAGAUAUUGCUCAUCGUGGUCAUCCAGGUUCAGUAACAAUGAAAAGGAAUCUCAGAGAAAAUGUUUGGUGGCCAUGUAUGGAUAAAGAUGUUGCUCACCGAAUCCAAGAAUGUGCCGGGUGUGCAGCUGUUAGUUCGCAGCAUCCUCCAGAGCCGAUGACGCGCAAAGAAAUGCCAGAUCGAUCUUGGCAAGAAUUGGCCAUGGAUUUUUUCUCAGCAAAAGAAUGCGCGACCUUUUUGGUUGUUGUAGAUUAUUACAGUAGGUUUCUGACCGUCAUUGAAAUGAAGUCGACAAAUGCAUCCCAUACUAUUGAAGCGUUAGAAAAUAUCUUCAAAAUUCACACUUAUCCCGAAACAAUACGUGCCGAUAAUGGACCUCCUUUCUCAAGUGAAGAAUUUAAGUCAUAUUGUACCAGCAAAAAUGUAAGAUUAAUUAACACCAUUCCAUACUGGCCUCAAAUGAAUGGUCUGGUCGAGCGACAAAACCAGGGUAUUCUACGAGCACUAAAAAUAGCCAAGGUUAUGAAGCAGGAUUGGCGAAAAGCUGUUCAGGAGUAUGUAUAUGCGUAUAACACUAGGCCUCAUUCAGUGACCGGAAAGACUCCAGUGGAACUUUUGACGGGAAGACCAGCGAAAGAUCUGUUACCUUCUUUGAGAACCGAACCAUAUUGGAGUCGCGAUGAAGAGGUGCGAGAUAAUGAUGCCAUUAAAAAAAUGCAAGGCAAAAUCUAUGCAGAUGAACGUCGACACGCCAAGAAAUCUAACAUAAAAGUGGGUGAUACGGUGAUGAUGAGGAAUUAUGACUUACGCAAAUUGUGUCCUGGUUUCCAGUCGGCAAAGUACAGAGUUGUUCGUAGAAAAGGCGUCGACGUGCAUGUGGCCAGCGAAGAUGGUGUUAUUUACAGGCGCCCGGUAAGUCAUCUGAAGCUGUGGCCAACCUCACACAAGGGGAUGUCAUCUGAUGCGGAACAAGAAUCUCAUAAAUUGCCAUCGAAUUGUCACGAUUCUGAGCAGCUUGAAUCCAAACCAGGACCGAAGGCUACCAAAAGGAAGAUUGUGACCGAUCCGAAAGCAGCUUUACAAGAAAGACCAAAACGGACCUCAAAAAAACCUGCUCGACUGGUAGAAUGA